AUACUUACACUUUGAUUGUAUCUUCGCGCGAAUUCGGUUACGUUCUGUAACCAAGCUUGUAUCCUGGCACGAUCUCGGUAUCCUUCCGAUGCCACGAGAUCGCCAGCUAAUAAACCUCGACUUGGUCCAUUAAUUGCCUUUUGAUAUUUGGCUUCUCGGGGAUUUUAUGGAGUCAUUUGGAACGAGCUUCUUACGCCUUCUGAUUCACUUGGCACGUGUUUCUUGGUAGCGGUGUUCAUAGUCAAUUUCGACUGGACGCUACGCUGCAACCUAAUGACUUACAGCAACCUCGGCAUUUCCUUAAGUACCUGUUUAAACUCGGUCUCAAUACAAACCUUGGGAAUAACACCCACAAACUGGAGACACAACACAGAAGAAUGAACUGUACUCACACCACUUACUCCCUAAGAGUAGUCAAAUGGUGGAAUUCAUUGCCACCAUCGACUUUCCCGUCUAAUCUCUAACUAAUAGAAUUUAUUACUUCAACACGUCACUGAAGCCUCGUCUGUUUAUGCCUUUAAAACUGAGUAGGAUCAAAUGGGAGGUACCCGUUGCUAGGACUGACGAAGGCCACCUAGCCUGCUGUUCCUUCCAACUGAAACUCACAAUACUGAGUACUCACAAAAUAUAUUCUUAAGAUACAGAAUAGAAGGGACUCGAAGCUGCACUUGGACCAGUCGCCCGAUUAUUAAUUGGAUUUUUUUUAUCAUACUUUGGGACAGAAUAUUUCGUUUGUUCUAAUCAGUUCACAUACGCUAUCAAAAUUCGUUGCGCUUCGCGCACCAUUUGAUUAAUCGAUUUCUAUUCCUGCCCCAGAAGCUUACUGUAUGUCACAGUCGUUAACCCCGACGAUGAAUUGAUGUUUAGUUGUACAGUAACUUUUAACAAUACGUUCCUUUCCAUUUCUAGCCAGCAAUUAGAUGAGUUCAGAAGCGACUGACUCAUUCUCCCUAUUAUGGGGAAGUCACAAUAGAACAUUUUGGGGAAAUGGUGCAAAACCCCUGAAAUUCCUUACUGUUAUUUUGACAAGAGUUCCAUGAACAUCAACUUCGUUUUAGUUUAUGUGAAAUUUCAUCUUGUCAGCAGUAGUUUUACUACUAUUUUCUCUGUUCUCGAACCAUAUUUUAAUGAAAAAUUCUUCGAAUUUGAGAUACCUAUCGUUGUGUUUUCUUUCCAGUUUAUAUCACAUUUUGAUGGUUUUAUCGGGAUUUUCUCGGACCUUCUCAGAUAUCAGUUCUGGAGAUGGAAGCCUCAGUAGAUCCCUUCAGGAUAAUAAUCAAAACCCUACCAUGAACAGAGCUUUUGGAAUUUCGAGAGGCAAACCUAAGUAGGUGUCAUACUGUUCAAUUACUUCUCAGUUCUAAAACUCCAACGAGAACUCCAUCCCACAGUGGCGUAGUCUCAGAUGAGUCAAGUAACUCCUUCAAAAGGACACCUAACUCUUCCAUUAAAAAAAUACCAACGGUACACGAAUGUGAUGGUGACAGGUUUAUCCCUAACAGGUCAUCAACAAACAUGUGCAGGGCGCGACAUGUAAUUCGAAAAUGCAACGAAGAUCCAUCAAAUGAAGAGGCUGUUGAUUAUCAACAAGCCGUAGCAGAUAGUUUAAACACUAAUGACUGUCCUGGAAGUCGGAUCCUCCGCUAUAAUGCUGCUGUUCGAGAUAGUGGUAAUGUACACUGCACCACAAAUAGCUCUGUAUCCGCUGUAAAGGGACUCUAUAAACGCACUAUACCUCAGAUGCCAGAGAAAGUCCUUGAUGCUCCAGACAUUAUUGAUGAUUUUUAUCUAAAUAUUUUGGACUGGUCUAUGGACAAUAUUUUGGCUGUUGCGUUAAAUCAAGAAGUUUAUCUGUGGAACUCAUCUUCAGGAGAUAUCACUUGUCUUAUGUCCUGUGGUUUUGACGAUGAAUAUGUUUCGAGUUUAGAGUGGUCUCCUGAUUCUCCCAAUAUUAUUGCCAUUGGUCUUAGCGCUGGUCGUGUUCAACUUUGGGAUGCUUCUAGCCAGUCACUAGUACGCACGAUGCGACUUGGAGGUGUCAGUUCUGCCGGUCGCGUACCAGCCGUCACUUGGCGUGAAUAUUUAGUUUCUAGUGCGUCUAAAUCAGGACAUAUUAGACAUCACGAUACGCGGAUCGCUCAUCAUGAAGUCGGAGUUGGUGAUUUUCAUACCCAGGAAGUUUGUGGAUUGAGUUGGUCACCAGAUAAACGUUUCCUUGCAUCAGGAGCAAAUGACAACUUUGUUUGUAUUUGGCCUUUUAGUGAUAUCUCAAAGCCUGAACAUGUUCUAAGGGAUCACCAGGCUGCAGUUAAGGCAUUAUCAUGGUGCCCUUGGAAACCAAAUCUUUUAUGCACAGGUGGGGGAACAUCGGAUCAUACUCUACGCUUUUGGAAUGCAACAACUGGAGCUUGUGUUAAAUCAGUUGAUGUAGUGGCCCAGGUUUCUGGUAUUAUAUGGAAUACGGAAUAUCGUGAAAUUUUAACUAGUCAUGGGGAUCCUCUUAAACAACUGGCUAUAUGGAAAUAUCCAGAAAUCACCAAAAUUACUCACUUAGAGCAUCAAGGUCGUGUAUUGUGUAUCGCAUCGUCUCCAAAUGAAGAAAUGGUUGUUAGCUGUGCAUCUGAUGAAACUUUACGUAUUUGGCAUUGUUUUCAAGUUGAUCAAAAUAAGAAACGUAUUCAUGAAAAAAGUCAACGACCUUCUGUCUAUGCACGUGGUAUACGGUAAAGUCAUGCUGUGGAGUUCAUUUGUGAUUGGUGAUUAUGUCCUGCGCAUCUUUUCCCCAUGUUUAUGUCAGUUUUUCAGUGUAUAAUCAAUAUUCACCUAACUCCUAUGAUGUAACUAUCUGUAUGUCGUUGCUUCAAUGCAUUAAUUUAACAUAUGAAAAGAAUAUUUUAUUUCAUUAUGUUUUCCUUUCUCUUUAGAAAAGAAUGAAAACUGUAUGUCCUCAAUAAAUGCCCCCAUUGGUUUAAGUUAAGUUAUCCCUUAAAGGUGACAAGUUAACAUAGUUUUGUGCAUUUUCAUAGAAUUCUUUAGAUGUUG